AGCACUAACUGCUAAGGAGGGCAUCCAUUUUGGAAGAAGAAAAGGAGUAGUAAGGUAGCAAGGCAGAGAGUGUAGGAUUACCUGAGAUGGCAGCACUAAAGGCGCUCCUGGCGAGGAUCAGAGCUCAGGCAAGUGAGCAGGGGGAUGAUUGGGUCCGGCAGCAGCUUGCAGCGCAACCCGCGCCCACAGCCCGACAGGCAGCCAGCAGGAGGAGAACACGGCCCCCUGAAAGAUUGAGCCCAGCAGUGAGCAGCAGGUCGAGUCAGAGAAGACGGAUGAGGAGCCCCUCCCCCCCAGUCGCAGGUCCGGGAAGCAGUGUGGGAGCGUCGGCUGCUGACAGGAGAGGCACGGGUAAGAAGCAGCAAGGGGGGAGGAUGCCGUGCAGAGGCCAGGGAGCAGGACGGAGGAGCAGAGCAGGGAUGCGGCUGGGAGCAGGCAGUCAAGAUGGCGCCGAUCGCAGUCCGGUUGGAGGAGGCGGGGCCACAGCAGGGAGCAGUCCGGGUCGCAGCAGGAGGGAGUCGGCAGCCAGGAGGGGAAGCAGCAGCUCGAGAGGGGAGACCACACAGGCAGGGCAGAGGCAGACGGACCGCAGAAGCACUGACAGGGAGAGUGAGAGGAGACAGAGGGAGCCUGCAGCACAGCGUGGAGGACAUGGGGGAAGGGCAGCCACUUCAGGAACGGACCUUGCUGGGGAGCCAGGAGGGAGUUCGCGCGUGAGUAUGGCAGCACCCCCGGCUGGGGGCGACAGGGAUGGGGGGGGUUUUUCACGUUGUUUGUCUCCACAGGGUGCGGCGCAACGGAGCGGUGGACCCCAGCAGGGACGCGAGGGAUCUACUUCCAGGCACAGAGAAGAGGAUAGAGGCGCGGCCAGCUCGGCAACGGGCUGUGCUGGGGGGAGAGGGGGGCCCCCACCAGCGAAUAUGGGGGCGCCCUCUGUUGGGGGUUGCUGGGCCGGGGGGGUUUCCUCUCAGGAGGAGCGCCAGGCACAUCAGACGGGUCAUCAGGACACAGAGCAACAGCCACCACGGACAGCAUCAUGGAAGCACUCAGAACAGCACCGGCCUCCGGGCCCAGUGGUUCAAGGCGAUGUAUGGUGUGGUUAAUGGGACAUUCCUACAUUUUUUGGGCGGAACAACGUGCAGGGUUACGUGAAAAGGGUAGGCGGUUCUGGCUCCCAGCGGAUGCAGUGGAAGUGCAAUGGCAUGGGAAAAGAGGUUUGUCAUGGUUGCAGAUCAGGGCCUGGAUAGAGGACAAGUUCCGUCAAGAGGGCCCCCCAGAUGUUUUAGUGUUACACGCAGGGGGCAACGAUGUGGGCAAGAUCCCAAUGAGGGACCUCAUUGGGAGGAUGAAACAGGAUUUGGUAAGAAUCCGGGCUAUGGCCCCUAGACUAAUGGUAAUAUGGUCCCAGAUAGUCCCCAGGUUGGUGUGGAGGGGGGCUAGAGACCUAAAGGCGGUGCAGAGGACAAGGGCAAAAAUUAAUGCAGCUAUGACGAAGUUUGUGCAUAAGGCAGGAGGAAUAGUAGUUAGGCAUGUAAUGUUGGAAAGAGACCCCAAGUAUUACAGACCUGACGGGGUACACUUGAACGGCCUGGGCCUCGAGGUUUUUAACUAUGGCCUUAGAGAAGGGGUGGAGGUGGCCAUUCAGGUGUGGAGGGGUAUGAGGGAUUGAAGGUGUGCAAGUCCCUCAUACUGUGGCGGGUCCCUUGCAAUUGGGAGAGUUAAGUAAGUGGAGUUUUACCAAGUUGGUUAAUAGAACUUGGUUGGUGGUGUUCCUCUCUAAGAGCGGUGGUCUCUGGGAGGGUAUGUUGUGUUGGGGGUAGCAUGCAGUCCUGCGUACCCAUCAUGCUAGAAGGCACAAGCGGCUGGUGGCUUAACGAUUGCAUGUACCUAAUUGGGUCCAUUGCCAGGGGCCUUGCAGAGGAUAAAAUGUUAAUGGUAUUUCACUGUCAUAUUUGUAUGUUUAUAAUGUUGUUAAUAUAACAGUUAUUGAUAUAUGUGUUAUCUAUUGUUAAAUGAUCUGUUGUGCAAUAAAGCUGUGGACAUAAAGACUCCAACAAA